CAAAUAUAGCCAGAAAGUGACUGCCACCACAGUCAAAAUGAGCUUAACGACCGAAACUAAAUCCGAGAAGCCAAAGUCCGAUGCGAAAGAGCUACUGGAAGUCAUCGAACUUGACGAGGACUGGAAUUUGACCGUUGUGAUUGGAGCUGUCCAGCAACGUUUUCGAGUUUGCCGCCAGGCGCUGAUGGUAAGCCCAGUCUGGCGACGCAUGUUUGGUCCACCAUUCGGAGAACCGGACAUGUCUGAGAUCAGCAUGCCAGAGGAUGACGCGAAUGCGAUGGGCAUCGUGCUCAAUAUGGCCCAUCACAAGUACGAAGCUGUGCCUAAACGCCUAGACACUACUACAUUCUAUAACGUCGCUCUGCUCGUCAGCAAGUACAGCUUGGAGACUCUCGUGCUUCCAUUCUGGAAGCCAUGGUACGAUGAACUUAUUGGAAUGCACGACCCGUUCUCGCCGACUCCACAUCCAUAUCUGGUCUUCAUCGCGUGGGCUUUCGGAGACGUGGAACUGUUCACAGCGACUACUCUAUCCUUGAUAAUCCACGCAUCUCCAGAGAACCCAGAUAAUCCCACGGACUGUAGCCUUGAAGCUAUGGCCUUGUGCAGAAUGCCUCCAGGUGUCCUAGAUCGUAUCAUCGACACCAGAACGUCCAAACUUGCAGACAUGCUCCAGUUGAUCCAGGACCAUAUGGAACUGGCCUUGCAAGACCAUUGCCUGUUAGACGACCGUGCAUGCGACUCAUGCAUGCUAGGAUCCUUCAUCAAAUCGCUCGACGAGGCAGGACUCUGGCCAAUCCCCGACAAUCCUUCCGACUGCAGACUGAGCCUGAACGAGAUGAACAGGCGGCUGGAAAAAAUCAUGAUCGAGCCUAUGCCGUCCAUCGAGACUACAAAAUACCAGCAAGGCUCGGUUCACGCGGCUUGCGCAGCGACGUGCCAGUUUGAUCGCGAGGGGCUUAGGGAUGUGUAUCGGUCGAUUGCCGCGCCUAUAGAUAAGGCUCUUCGCCGCCACAUGGAUGUGCAGCGCACGAAGUUGAAUGGGCUGACGAAGCGCAAAAGAGAGGAUUGGGGUGUCUAGGUCGUGGCUGCAUUCAUAUUCAGGUUCAUUCCAUCGGCACAACUCUGAGG